GAUCACUCAAAACAUUCUUCCCACACAACGGCAGUCUGGAGCGCGAACCAAAAACGCACCGAUAACCUUUGCUUCUGCGGCCGCUGCUACAUCUGCCGGGGGAUUUCAGCUGAUUCGGUUCGAACCGAUUCAUCGCCAGUUGUUUUGUUUACAACCGAUUCGUGCCUCGCAAAACGUAAACAAAAAAUGGAAACGGAUACGAAAAAGCCGAUCUUCAAGAAAAAGGACCUCUCCGAGGUCAAUCCCACGGUGGGGAAGAAACGACAGUGGAAAUCGUUGAAACAAAUCCUGGCCUACGAGAAAACGCUACCGUGGAAGGACACCGACCUAACGUAUUCCAACGUUAAUGCACCACCGUCGCUUAAACCUGCGAAGAAAUACUCCGACAUCUCCGGCCUGAUUGCACCGUACACAGAUCCGCACUCGAAGCUGCGGUACCACAACGCCGAAGAGUAUCAAACGAUACGCACCUUCCCGAUGGAUCUGACCGCAGGGUAUCUGGCGCUCAGAGGGGCCACCAGUAUUGUGUAGUACGCAAUAAACACGCCGUUUUUGUAAUAAUA